UCCAACCGCCAAUUUGCCGGCCCUAAUAUCAUCUCAUCUAUAAACUAACUCUGUCAUUGCAGACAAUGUACUAAUAUUUUUUCCAGUACGGUUAUUCUUGCAGGAAGAAUUUAAGUCAAAGAAUGGCUGAGAGAAAGCUUCACGCGAUCAUGAUUGCGUUCUCGUUCCAAGGUCAUAUUACCCCAUUCAUCAAUCUGGCUCUCAAGCUUGCUUCAAAUGGUUUUACAGUUACUUUUGUCCACACUGAGUUUAUUCACCACAUGUUGUCCAAAGCCCACCACAACAUUACUCAUGUUGAUGAUGAAGAUUUCUUCUCUGGGGCACGUCAAUCGGGUCUUGACAUACGUUACAUGACAAUUUCUGAUGGCUUUCCCCUGGACUACGACAGGAUUCUCAACUUCAACGAGUACUGGGAAGCUAUUUUACGCGAUUUUCCAUCUCGUGUACAUGAAUUAGUUGGAAGGAUAAUCCAAUCAAAUGAAUCUUUGGUCCCUUUCUUGGUUGCUGAUACUUUCUAUUCAUGGCCUGCAUCUAUUGCUGAGGAAUUUAACAUCUUGAAUGUUUCGUUCUGGACAGAACCAGCUCUGGUGUUUUCCAUAGACUAUCACUUGGAUCUCCUUAGAGAAAACGGCUUUUUCCCUUCCAAAGGUAAUCAGGAGGAUCUCAUUGAUUUUGUCCCAGGAGUUCAGUCCAUUAAAACAAAGGACUUGAUGUCCUAUCUUCAGGAUGCCCACAUAACAACAGUUAUCCAUCAGAUUGUAUUCAAGGCAUUUGAUCAAGUAAAGCACGCUGAUUUCAUCUUAAUCAAUACGGUGAAUGAACUCGAACACGAAACGCUGCUGGCUCUAAACAAAAAGCAGCCGAGUUACGCAAUUGGCUCUAUAAACUUCUCCACUGAUUUCACCAAAACCGUUGUUCCCAAGAGCCUGUGGUCCGAAACAGACUGCACAGAAUGGCUGAACUCCAAGCCUGCCGGCUCAGUUUUGUACAUCUCGUUUGGCAGUCUUGCUCAGAUUACCAAGCAGCUAGUGGACGAAAUAGCUAACGGGCUUCUACUCAGUGAAGUAAACUUUGUAUUGGUGCUUCGGGAAAAUACAGAUGUCUUGCCUGAUGGGUUCAAGAAUGAGAUAAGAGGUCGAGGACUGAUUGUUUCAUGGUGUAACCAAAAUUCAGUGUUAUCAAGUCCAGCAAUUGGAGGAUUUUUAACACAUUGUGGGUGGAAUUCGAUACUGGAGAGUAUAUGGUGCGGCGUUCCAAUGAUAUGUUUCCCGUUUUACGCUGAUCAGCCUACUAACAGGAAACUAGUGGUCGAUGAUUGGAAGAUCGGGAUUAAUCUUUGUGAUGGAUCAUCUAUUGAUAGGAAAGAAGUUGCUGAGAAAAUCAAGCAGUUGAUGAGUGGAGAAAUAUCGAACGGGUUGAGGGAUGAGAUAAAGAAAAUCAGGACUAUAUUGCAGAACGCAUUGGCUGAAGACGGAUCGACCCACAGAAAUUUCAAUCAAUUUCUUAAGGAUUUGAGGGCAAAAGUUCAUGGCAGAAGCCAGGACACAAGUACUAGUCACUUCUUGUAACUUUAAUUUUUGCUAUUUAUAUUAGGCCUCAGAUGUUUGUAUUUAAUUAAGUAUUCCAAACAUAUUUUACUAAA